GAUUAAACUGAAAGCUCUGAACAUAUUGCUAUUCACUAAACCAACUUUCAGUUAUUUGGACAACUUUCCUAAAAAUUCAUUUCUAAUUUGGAUUUGCGGGUUUCUCUUAUGUCUUCACAAAACAGUGCUCUCAAAAAUGUCAGUGUUUCGGAAAUUCGGAAGAACGUUUCAGAUGCAGAAGGAGAGAGUGCCUUGAGUGAACUGUCGACAACCAUCUCUAAUAUCGCUUCUUACAACCAGAAAUUGCGACUGUUGUUGAAGAGGGCUACUACUAGUCAACCUUCUUCAAGAAGAACUCUCAUAAAGCAGCUUCAAACUUUGAAGGAACAAUGUUUGGAAAGUGUUUUGAAAGCAGAAGAGCUUUUGAAGACUUUUUCUAUUACGGAAGAUCCUUUGGAACGUCUCCGCCGACAAAAAGUGAGCGACGACUUACAAAGGACAAUAUCUACAUUUCGUAGUCUUCUGGAAGACUUGAAGAGAUUAGAAACCAACCAAAUAAUUGCUAGUGACUCCUUGUUGCCUGUUGUCUCAAGAGUUUCUCAUUCAGUAACUGAAAAAACAGAAGCUCCUUUGCGUUCACAAGAUGUAGUUAUUCAAAUUCCUGAGGAACAGUCGAAACUUCAGUCACAGCAACAGUUACAGAAGAACAUUUCAUAUGAUUCAACAACAACAGAAUUUCUAAGGGAACGCCAGGAAGCUAUAAGAGAAAUAGAAACCUCAAUCAGCGAAGUCAAUUCUAUUUUCAAGGAUCUUGCCAUAAUGAUCAAAGAACAGGGGCUACAAGUUGAAGAGCUUGGUUCUAGCAUUGAGAAUACAGUUGUUCAGACAGAAUCAGCUGUAGACCAACUGACCAAAGCAAAAGCUCGUCGCGCAAGACGAAGGAAAAGAAUUUUUAUCUGUCUGUUAUUCCUAUUUCUUUUAUUGUUUAUGUUUGUUGCAGUUGCAGUCAGUUAAAGCACGAACCGUUUCCAAGUUAAAUAUGGAAAGAAGGUUGGCAAAUACACAAUAAUUGGACAAUGUGGUUAUGUUGGUAAUAGUCAAUGACUUGUUUAUUUUGGUUGCUUUAUUGUUGAGUAGCUUUUAAAGUUUUUAAGAUAUUGAAUGUCUCAAUGCUUUAGAUGCCUAUGGAAUUCAUUUAGGGUUUUUAUGAUAGCAGUUUGUUGAACGAUU